AUGGAUCAUGUCAAGACACCUUCCGCCCUCCUUGGAUUGCCAAGAAUACACUUUGCUCACAAGCUCAAUGCAUUAACAAACUCAUCGUUUGAGAAAAUGCCUAGAGAAUUGAUCCAACAGAUUGCUGACAACUUGGAUGUCGCAUCGGCCGCAUUAUUCUCCAUUUCGUGCAAAACAAUCUAUGUCUUCGUUGGAUCUCAAUACAUCCACAAUCUAACACGCCACGAGAACAUGUUAUUUCGAAGAAUAAUGGAAUAUGAUAUUAAGAAUAUGACCUUGAAUGGUUGCUGCGAUAUAUUUUGUGCUCUGCAACAUUCGAGCCCCGCAAAAGGUAUCAGCAAGAUUCUUCAGAAGCUUUCAAAACUUUCAGUUGAUCAGAGAAAAAGAUUGAGUAUAUCAUAUCGCAUGAAUGAGAUGGCUGCAGCAUAUCUAGCCCGGGAUCUACAUCACCACAUCUGCUUCAUUGCCCCCUAUACCCGAGAUGAUUUUCCCUGGACUGUCGAAAGAGAGGUGUUUUGGAAUAUUCUCCGCGAAGGCAGUGAAUCUAUCGGUUUUCAGAAGGAUCAGUUUACAUUCGUUAAGAAAGGCCGUUCUACAUUAGUGCGGCAACGUAGGGUUUUCGAAGGAAAAUGUGGCGAAGUAAUACGGCUACGCGUCGAUAUAUGUGCCCAUCUUCAAUGUUAUUCGAAUUCGAUGCAUAUCCGUCCCCGGAUUUGCCCAACGAGCCGGGAUCGAGUUAUAGAUAUAAACAAAAAUCGUCCUGAGAGCUCAUGGGGGUUAUACUGGAAGAACGUUGAAGAAGAGACAAGUGAGAUUGAACAUUGUAUCGAGUGCCGGACUGAAUUUUCUGUCCGGUUCGUUCACGUGCGAGACUGUAUUCCAAAUCUACACUGUCGCAUGGAAUUCACAAUUACUACCUGGAAAGAACUUGGGCGAAAGCUUGAUGACAAGAGAUGGAGAGAACACUUCCCUGAGCCUCAAAAAUUCGUCCCGUCACCUAUCCCGAGAGGCCAAGGGCGCAGAACAAGAAUCUCUGAUAUCUUCACCCCUUUGGUCGUUCUCAAUCUAUUACCAUUUGUAUAG